AUGGACCGUUUAAAAUUGCGUCCCAAACACCUCUAUCAACGGACUCUAAAAAUAUUUGCAUACGUACUUUCCAAAAAGGAUAAUUUUGACCCGCAAAAAGUGGGGGUCUCGUUGAUAGACGCACCUUCGGCAAAAGCAUACACAGAGUGUUCUAAAUCUUCUUUAGAAUCCCUCCGAGGCAUUUCCGGAGUUUCUGAGAGUUGUAGAGUGAAGGGUUGCCAAAAAGCACCCACUCUUUUAAAGAUAUAUAUAAAGCUUGCUUUGAAGGUUAGCCCGGUUAUCGGACAACUUAAGGACGUUGUAACCACCCAUAAAACGCGAAAAUCAAGAGAGUCGAAAAAACCAUCGCGUCGCUCCGACCGCGCCCCCUCUUCGGGGAGGCGGCGACAGAUGGCGACUCCGCUGGGGAAGCCUAGAGAGUUGAUCCCAUUUAGUGAUGGGCUGGCUAAAGGAUAA